AUGUCUCCCCUGGGGUUCUUUGAACUUUCUGUUUGUUUAUUUACUAUCUAUCUAUCUAUUUCACCCUGUUCAUAUCUAUCUAUAUUGGUCGGUUCAUUUCUCUAUGUCUAUUUUUCUGUCUGUUUAUCUAUCUAUCUAUCUAUCUAUCUAUCUAUCUAUUUCAUCCUGUUCAUAUCUAGCUAUCUUCAUCGGUUCAUUUCUCUAUAUCUAUCUAUCUAUCUAUCUAUCUAUCUAUCUAUCUAUCUAUCUAUCUAUCUAUUUCAUCCUGUUCAUAUCUAUCUAUCUUUGUCGGUUCAUUUCUCUAUAUCUAUCUAUCUAUCUAUCUAUCUAUCUAUCUAUCUAUCUAUCUAUUUCAUCUAUCUAUCUAUUUCAUCCUGUUCAUAUCUAGCUAUCUUCAUCGGUUCAUUUCUCUAUAUCUAUCUAUCUAUCUAUCUAUCUAUCUAUUUCAUCCUGUUCAUAUCUAACUAUCUUCAUCGGUUCAUUUCUCUAUAUCUAUCUAUCUAUCUAUCUAUCUAUCUAUCUAUCUAUCUAUCUAUUUCAUAUCUAUCUAUCUAUUUCCUCCUGUUCAUAUCUAUCUAUCUAUUUCUAUCUUCAUUUCUCUAUAUCAUAUCUAUCUAUUUACCUAUUUCUAUCUAUCUAUCUCGGUCCUAUUCAUCUAUCUAUCUAUCUAUCUAUCUAUCUAUCUAUCUAUCUAUCUAUCUAUCUAUCUCAGUCGAUUCAUACCAAGAAGCCCUUCCCUCUGCUAAAAAUCUGAUGAUUUUUCACUUAUUCUGUUUCUGA